UUAGGCUCAGCCCAAAUCAUUGUUGCAUUACAUACGCGCGUUAGACGUAUGUCUUCCCCAAUCUCUCUCUCUGUACUCUCUCUCUCUCUCUAAGAACAAGCAGUGAGUCUGAUUUCGUCGAAUCGAAAAAUGUACAGGGUGAUUGCAAGUAGGGUUACUUCAAAUAUCUACGGGCUGAAAGUUGCACGGAAGAAUUUCUGCAGUGAUACAGCUGUAAAACUAUCUGGUUCUAACCAUGGCCAAACUAGCAAAGAGUUCGUCGACAAGCAUGGUUUGACAAAUAAUAUCCCGCAAUAUGACAUUGCUAUUGUUGGAGGCGGCAUGGUUGGCAUGGCUCUAGCUUGUUCCCUAGCAAGCAUGCCAUUGACAAAACAGUUGUCUGUUGCCAUUAUUGAUGGCAAUCCUGCUUUGACGAGUGGAGACUGCAUCAAGAAAGAGGAUCCCCCAGAUGCAAGGGUCAGUACAGUCACUCCUACAACUAUUUCUCUUUUCAAAGAUGUAGGUGCUUGGCAAUAUGUUCAACAGCAUCGACACGCUUAUUUUGAUAAGAUGCAGGUAUGGGAUUAUACUGGCCUAGGAUACACAAGGUACAACGCAAGAGAUGUUGAUAAAGAAGUACUAGGGUGCGUGGUUGAGAAUAGGGUGCUCCAUAGAUCUCUGUUGUCAUGCAUGCAGAACACAGAGUUCCAGAAGACGAUCUAUCCUUCCAGAUUAAUAUCAAUUGCUUUAUCUCCAAGUUCUUCAUCCAACAAGGUGGACAGUACAUCAUCAAGGACAACAUUGAACAGUCAUGGUUCUUUAGCAAAGCUGGAAUUGAGCGAUGGCAAUAGCCUGUAUGCAAAAUUGGUGGUUGGAGCUGAUGGGUCAAAGUCACGUGUUAGGGAGUUAGCGGGGUUCAAAACAACUGGAUGGAACUACUCACAAAAUGCAAUCAUAUGUACAGUAGAAAAUGAGGUGGAAAACAGAUGUGCAUGGCAACGAUUUUUACCUGCUGGUCCAAUUGCACUUUUGCCAAUGGGUGAUAAAUUCAGCAAUAUCGUGUGGACUAUGAACCCCAAAGAGUCUUCUGACUGCAAAUUAAUGAGUGAGGAUAAUUUUGUGAAAUCUGUAAAUAAUGCUUUGGAUUAUGGACAUGGCCCUCAUCCUCAGUCUCGGUUAUUUGGUGGUGGAGACCUAUUUUCUUGGCUUAGAGCAGAUGUGACAUCAUCAGCCAGUGAGUGUUUUGAAGUUCCACCGAAAGUGGUCAAGUUGGUUUCAGGAAGAAUGGUGUUUCCAUUAUCUUUAUCACAUUCAAAUAACUAUGCGUCAAUGCGUGUAGUUCUUAUUGGUGAUUCAGCACACACUGUUCAUCCCUUGGCUGGUCAAGGAGUGAAUUUGGGCUUUGGGGAUGCUUUUGCUCUUUCAAAAGUGAUUGCUGAGGGUGUUGCAGUAGGAUCCGACAUUGGGGAGGCAUCUUUGUUGAAAAAAUACGAAGCAGAUAGGAAACCAGCGAACAUUGCAAUGAUGGCUAUCCUAGAUGGUUUUCAGAAGGCAUACUCUGUUGAUUUUGGACCUCUAAAUAUACUACGAGCUGCUGCAUUCCAUGGGGCACAAUUUAUCUCGCCACUAAAAAAGAAUAUUAUCUCUUACGCUUCAGGUGAGCAGAGAUUGCCACUUUUUUCUUGAAUUAAAUGUAUGUUCUUAAAAUCAAAUGGCUGUGUAAAUGAGAAGAAUUAUGUAUUCAUUUUAAAUGGGACCUUUUCGUCCAUGUUAGCAUGGAGAAAUGACAGGAUAUUUGGAAAUUUUGAAUAACUUCUCGUGCGCGAUUCUUCUA